AUGGAUGAAUGGAAACUAGAAUGGAAAAAUUCUGCCACAGACAAUUACAGCCUAAUUAAAAACCUGGAUACUCUAGUUCCUGGACAACAAUUACCUCGUCAUGACUUUAAUGAUAUAAGGAGUAUGUUAAAAACAAUUGACCCAUAUGCAAUUAACACUCACAAAAUAGCUGUAAAUCACUUAGAGAAUCGUGUAGAAAAAAUAAAUAUAGAUAUACAGAUUAUUAGACAAAUGGCUAGGCGUAGCAAAAAGGUUAAGCGAUCAUUUGAGUCUGGGGGUUCGAUGCUACAGUGGAUGUUCGGUAUUGCCGAUGCUGACGAUGUACGGAAAUCCUGGUGGUAUAUAUUCUGUCUGAAAUGCCGUCAGAAGGAAGUGGGACCCGGAUGGGAACCGGGAUGCUGGCUGAAGAUUUGCCCACACCCGUACUGUCCUUCGUUCCGGCACGUGGCCCAGAUCCUGGCGUUACUCGUUACCGUCUCGUUUUUCUGGGGUGUGGUGCUGAUCGUAUUUGRUUCGGAUGCCAAACCAGGUGGGCAGUUGUUCAAUAUCGCCCUGCUAGUGGUGUUUGCGUAUAUGGGCGGAUGGGUUUUCCGUAUGCUCACCUUGCCUGCACUAGUUGGAAUGCUUCUGGUAGGAAUCGUCUACAAGAACGCCGGUUUCAUAGACAUAUCCCGCAACUACACGGAGCUCGUCUCCAUCUUGAGAAAAAUAGCGUUAGUUGUAAUAUUCACUAGAGCGGGAUUGGACCUGGACCCAGUAGCGUUGAAAAAACUGUACUGUAGAAUGUUAUUCCUUGCUCUCAUCCCGUGGUGUACCGAAGCAGUCGURAUCGCGGUGACUAUUAACUAUUUUUUGAAUAUACCGUGGUCGUUUGCUAUAUUUUGCGGAUCGAUUAUCGCUGCUGUGGCUCCGGCCGUAGUAGUCCCUUGCCUAUUUCGGCUGAGAACGAAGGGGUACGGUGUGGCCAAAGGGAUCCCGACGUUGAUCAUAGCUGUCGCUGGGAUGGAUGACGCUGCAUCAGUCAUAGCUUUUGGAAUUGGCAACAGCAUGCUUUUUGGUGCAAGUACGACAAAUUCAAUUACUACUGAUUUAUUGUUAAGACAAAGCUUAAUGCCAAUAGGAGUUGGGAUAUUGUAUGGUUUAGUUUUGGGUUUUAUUGUUAAGUACGUCCCAGAAAGAACUGAYCCUUACGUGGUACCACUGAGAAUUUUAAUGUUGUCUGGGGGUGGAUUAUUAGCUGUAUUGGGUUUUGAACAUAUAGAAUUAGAAGGCGCUGGUCCAUUAGCAGUGAUCAUUGCAUCGUUCACGUCARUUUAUUUUUGGACUAAACAAGGAUGGAAUAUCGAAAAAAACCCAGUGGCAACGGCUUUUGAAAUAUUUUGGAUGAUUUGCGAACCAAUACUGUUUGGAUUGACAGGCACACARAUUGUAUUCAAAGAACUUGACCUGGACAUCGUAACGAAAAUUGUUGUGUGUGUCGCCAUCGCUUCUGUGUCACGGAUUUUCAUAACAAUCAUAACAGCGUCUGGGAGUUCUCUGAAUUUUAAAGAAAAACUGUUUAUCGCAUUAUCGUGGAUGGCCAAAGCAUCUGUCCAAGCUGCCCUAGGUUCAGCCGUUGCUAAUUCAAAGCCAAAUAGUAAUAAUGAUAAUACAAAUAAUACUGUCACUAAGUACUCCAAGGACAUCGCAACAGUGUGCAUCAUCUCCAUUCUAUUGACCGCUCCGAUGGGUGCGAUCAUCGUUUCUCUGUCGGGUACCAAGCUUCUGACCAAGGCCAAGCCCAGCAACGAACAGUGGCGCCAUGGUCCUAGACCCUCAAUUCACGAUAUCACGCUGAACAGCGAGGAUGAGGAUUACGGUACCAGCGUGAGCAACGAUCAAGUGCAGGAUAGCGACGUGGCGAAUGUGGAUUAYAUGAUCGUGGACCAGAAAACGAACACGAAUUUGAAUUUUGACCUAAGUUUAUUAUAA